AUGUCAAUGGGUCGUUCGCGGGGCGACGCUGUGUAUCUGCAGUCCGACCGCGACGAACCGUACUUGAUGCUAAUAGAACAUAUGUACACCAUUGACCACACAAAGAAGGACGCUCACGGUGAAGAGCCCGAUGUACUG